CCCCGCCAUGGCCAUUCUUCUGGUGGGGCUGUGGGGCGGGUGCGGCGAUGGACCGGGCGGGCACAGAACAGGUGGGUGCAGGCUGGGUGUCCGGCGCUGGGACACAAGUGCUCUGUGUGUAGGGUGGGCGGAAGUCAGGGCGUUUGAUCUGAAUUCUAAAGGGCGUUGUUCAGAGCCCCACAAAGGUCCCAUUGUGCAGACACUGGGUAUAAAGCAGCAUAUGACUCCCCAGCACCGGGCGGCGAUGAAUUGGAACGCAGGCGCGGACCCAGGGACCACUCCCCCUGCACAGACAUGAGACCAUAGGGGACCUGUCUGGGUGGCCUCAGGGAUAGGCGCUCCCCAAGGUGUGAAUGAGGCAGGAUGAACUGGACAGGUUUGUACACCUUGCUCAGUGGCGUGAACCGGCAUUCCACGGCCAUUGGUCGCGUAUGGCUCUCGGUCAUCUUCAUCUUCAGGAUCAUGGUGCUGGUGGUGGCCGCGGAGAGCGUGUGGGGUGACGAGAAGUCUUCCUUCAUCUGCAACACCCUUCAGCCUGGCUGCAACAGCGUCUGCUACGACCACUUCUUCCCCAUUUCCCACGUGCGCCUGUGGUCUCUGCAGCUCAUCUUGGUGUCCACCCCGGCUCUCCUCGUGGCCAUGCACGUGGCUCACCAGCAGCACAUAGAAAAGAAGAUGUUGCGCCUCGAGGGUCACGCGGACCCCCUGCACCUGGAGGAGGUGAAGAGGCACAAGGUCCACAUCUCAGGGACACUGUGGUGGACCUAUGUCAUCAGCGUGGUCUUCCGGCUGCUGUUCGAGGCUGCCUUCAUGUACGUCUUUUAUCUGCUCUACCCCGGCUAUGCCAUGGUGCGGCUCGUCAAGUGUGAGGCCUACCCCUGCCCCAACACGGUGGACUGCUUCGUGUCCCGCCCCACCGAGAAAACCGUCUUCACGGUCUUCAUGCUGGCCGCCUCUGGCAUCUGCAUCAUCCUCAACGUGGCCGAGGUGGUGUACCUCAUCAUCCGGGCCUGUGCCCGCCGAGCCCAGCGCCGCUCCAAUCCGCCCUCCCGCAAGGGCUCGGGCUUCGGCCACCGCCUCUCACCUGAAUACAAGCAGAAUGAGAUCAACAAGCUGCUGAGCGAGCAGGACGGCUCCCUGAAAGACAUACUGCGCCGCAGCCCCGGCACUGGGGCCGGGCUGGCUGAGAAGAGCGACCGCUGCUCGGCCUGCUGAUGCCACACACCAGGCAACCUCCCAUCCCGCCACACACACACACACACACACACACACACACACACACACACACACACACCCGGACCCCCCACCACCCUGCCCAGGAGCUUGCCCCUCCUUCUCCCUUGCCCGGGUGCAGGCCUCUGUCUGCUAGGGACUGCUCCAUCAGAAUCUCCCUUCCCUCCCUGGUUUCCCUCCCUCGCAGGGCCUUCUGUCUGAGGGGCCCGAAGGGGGUGGGGAGCCGGAGGUCACCCACACCAGUGCUCAAGGUUGUGGGGGGGGCGUGCGGGCAGCUCUUCUUGUCUGUACCCCCUUUCCCCUUCCCUCUCCCUGGGGCCACUGGGGACAAGAGAUAGGAUGCUCUGACAGCAUCUCGAAUUAUGAAACUAAUCUUAACCCCGUGUUGGCACAGACCCUAUCUGGAGUCAUGUCAGUGGGGAGGGACAUGGGCAAGUGGAACGGAAGGAGGGUGCUGUGGACACGUGGGGGGAAAAAGGGAGGGUAGGCAAGGCAAGAAAAGGAGGGACAGCGCUUUGCGGGCCACAAGGAAAAGGAGGGACACGUCCCGGGCGGGGGGAGGAAUGGGGGGGAGGGGCAGGCGGGUAAGCUGGAGUGGGGGUGGGUCAGGGCCAUCUUUGCCUCAUUCCCAAGGCCUCUCUGUGCCUGCAAUGUUACACAUUACACAGGAUUUUGCAGUAAACGAG